AUGAUGAAGACCCGAACGAUUGCUGUUGUGGUUGGGUUAUAUCUGUGUAUGCCAAUCUUCAGCCUGGCAGACAGUGAUCAGGAGUCGUCAGAAGAGCAGGACAAAGACAACAUCAAAGAUGCUCCAGUGUAUGACAACCAAACUUGGUCCUGCCCGCAAGGAUGGCUUCCCUACGAAGACGCCACGCAGAUUUCCUGCGUGGUACGAGCCGAGAAAGCUUUCCCAUAUCGAGGUGCAGAAACUCACUGUCACAGUCUCGGUGGAUUUCUGGUCUCCUUAGAAACCAAACUAAAGGAGAAUUUUGUGAAAAGGCUAGCCAAAGAUGGCGACAGACGGAAUCACUGGACCGGUUUAUACAAAGAAGAAUCGACCGACAAUGAUUUGAAGUAUGUCUGGCAGAGACGAAGCACUGCCGUUCCGGUGAUUCAGGAGAAUCUACCGCAGCAAGUGAAAGACUAUGGGAGCACUUACCUGGAGCGGUGCGGCUAUAUCUCUGGAUACUACAACAAUGUGGAGAUCGACGACUGCGACUCGGAGUACUUCCCCAUCUGUGAAAAGGAAGUUUCUUGUAAACCAGGACAUUUUGGCAGUAAGUGUGGGCAGGAGUGUCACUGUGUGGGGGAGCCGUGCGACUCACAGCUCCACUACACACCAGGAGGUGUCACCUGCAAGUUUGGUUGUCAGAGGAACUGGAUGGGAGCAGCUUGUGACACAGAGAAAGAAGACCCAGAGGUCAAAUAUUAUUGCAUCAAUUCGGCAGAGAAGGACGGCAAAUAUGCUUACAUCAGAAUUUAUACCAAAGGCAUGCGGUACAGAGCUAUCUAUGGUUUAACGUCAAACAAUGUCAGAGGUGACUGGUGCAACUCUACAACCUUCCUGGGCGGGAGCUCUAACCUGACCAUCAUCAAAAUCCCAGUCAACAGCGACACCUCCGCCCAAAUGUCAAAUGGAGAAUGUGCUGGACAGCAACAGGGAGAGGACACAUUCACCUGGGAGAUUGUGCUGAAGGAGGUUGACGGGGUGCUGCAGGAGCAUGAUGUCACGGUCAAUGUCACCUGUGAUUUUAGUGUGGCCGAUAACCUGGUGCGUUCUGGGGAAUAUUCUACAGGAGGACAAGAAAUCCAACUACAGAAAAAAUACGUCAGCCCAGAGUCGACCCGAGAUGACGUCAUCCUACAGGUGAUCCAAGCGUCCUCGGGAGAGUCAGUCAGUGAGGCUGUCGUUGGUACUUCUAUUGUGCUAGAGAUGAAAUACGCUCUGCGGCCAGGAUCCACACUAAGGGGUAUACAUCCGUACAACUGUGUGGCGUCAUCCCCAGAUGGGAAACACGUUAAACAUCUGCUGGACAAGAACGGGUGUCAGGUCUGGGAUUCACCCGUCCAGACGUUUAACUCCGCGGCUGACAACAAGAUCCGGACGCCAUGGUUCAAUCUGUUCGCCUUUGAACAUGAGACGUCUGUCACCUUCCGGUGUUCGUUUGACUUUUGCUUCACGUCUGAUUGUGAAGUUGGAUGCAGGCCUGGAUCGAGGCGGCGACGAGACACACAAGAUGCCAGAGAUGAGCAGACACACUCCACAACCAGGACUAUCCGAGUUCUGCCAAGUAUUCCCGCCAAAGGUAACACUCAGACAGAGGAAUACCAGCCAGCCCACCCACCGGCAGGUCCACCAGCCUACGACAUGGGCCCGUUCGUCUACGUCAACCCUGUGACCUGCUCGCUCUUCCUGCUCAUCCUUCUGGUCUUCCUCUGCAUGUACAUCGCCUUCAUCCGCACACUGCGCAAGUCUGUCUACGACAUCCGGAAGGAGAUCGAGGUCAGGAGGUCACGGGACAAGUUCCUCCAUUGUGGGUGUGUUCAGCAGAAAGACAGGGAUUAUGUUGCACCUUAG